AUGCCCAUUCCUCCUACAUCUACAGAAAAUAAAAACUUAGAUGAAGAUAUACUGAGUUCUAGAUUAUCCAGAUAUAAUGCCAUUCAACCAGAAGUCAAGCAAUAUCUUUAUGAUAUUUUAUCAUCGAAAUAUCCUGAUUUAUUUAAUCACAAAUUCUCCAUAGAUAACACUACAUCUUCUUCUUCUUCUCCUGCUGGGAAAUUUUUACAAGACAUAGAUUUAUGUGAUUUGUUAAAAGAUGGUGAAUUAUUAUGUAAAUUAGGCCAAUUAUUAGGCCGGAACAAUAAUAUCAUUCCCAAUAAUCCAACGUUUAAAUUUAAAAAUUCACAAAUGGCAUUUCAUCAAAUGGAAAAUAUUAGUUUUUUCUUAAAAUUAUGUGAAUUAAUUAAAUUACCUCAUGAUGAAAUAUUUCAAACAGUAGAUUUAUUCGAUGGCAAAGAUCCUUAUCAAAUAUGUAUUACAUUAAUGUCAUUUUCAAGAAUUGUUCAUGAUUUGGAUAAUCAAGUUUUUUAUAAAGUCAUUGGUCCUAAAAUUGUUAAAGUGAAACCAACAGUGCCGAUAAAACCCUAUAAAUUAAGAGCAUAG